AUGGCGGCGUCGUCGUCGACGGCGUCCUCGUACCGGUCGCGGUUCGGCGACACGACGCAGACGAAGGUGUUCGUGGGCGGGCUGGCGUGGGAGACGCCGUCGGAGGGCCUCCGGCAGCACUUCGAGCAGUACGGCGACAUCCUGGAGGCCGUCGUCAUCACGGACCGCCUCACCAGCCGCUCCAAGGGCUACGGAUUCGUGACGUUCCGGGAGGCGGAGGCGGCGCGUCGGGCGGUGCAGGACCCGAACCCGAUGAUCACCGGGCGGCGCGCCAACUGCAACAUUGCCUCGCUGGGACCGCCGCGGCCCGCACAUCCUCGAGGCAGGUACUGGUGCCCACCUGAGUAUCAAUACCCACAGGCCAUGAUGACCCCUCAGAUGAUGCAGAACUACUAUGCUCAGCUGUACGCUGCUGGGCUGGCGUCGCCGACAGGGCCACCGCCCUACCAUCAGUACGUGGGGUACAUGCAGGCCCCGACGCCGAGGGCAGCAGUGCUCUCGCCGGUGGCGCAGCAGAUCGCGACGGGGCAGCCGUACGUGCCGCACCCGGCGGCGGCGCAGAUGCAGGGCUUCUCCAUGCAGGUGCCUUCUCUUCCGCACAACUUCGCGCUGCAGCUGCCCUCCCAUGCAGUGUCGAUGCUGCCUCCCAACACAACCGAUAUGCAGUCGGCUGGUGGCCAGGCCUCCUCUGCAGCCGCGGCGACGAACGCAAACAACACUCACCAGGGUGCCUGA